GGUGGCCUCUUUUCAAUUUGGAGGGCCUCAAUUAAAUUCGUCACACCUUAUGUCAGUCACACUCUAUUAUUGAAAUUUUUUGACCUGGAUUCAUGGAGUAGCAUCUCUCCCUCUCUUCCUUAAAAAAAGUAUUGUUUGAACUUUGACCAGCACUCAACAAACACUCGUAUAUAAACACUCCAACACUCCCCCAAUCCAAAAUCAAAAAUUCAAAAUUCAAAAUCCAAAAUCCAAAAUCCAAAAUCCAAAAUCAAUCUCCUCUUUCUUCAACCCUAAAUCAAAUUUAAACAAUGGCAGCAGCAUGCGCAUCAAAUCCCCCCUCUUCUCUAUGCAACCGGAUCAAAUAUUACUGCGAUUCAUCAUCUCCAUACACCAAAAAUCUCAAUAAUUGCUGCAAAAUCAGCCCUGGUGAAGACGAAAUAUGGUGUCAAAUUAGACAAGAAGCAGAAUCUGAUAUGAAACACGAACCCUUGCUAUCAAAUCUCUACCAUUCCGCAAUCCUCUCUCACUCCACACUCGAGAGCGCGCUCUCCAACCACCUCGCUCUCAAGCUCUCCACCCCCUACCUCUCCACCGCCGCCCUCGCCGCCGCAUUCCACAGCCUGCUCGAAUCCGCCGCGAUCCGAAUUGCAGUCAGAUGCGAUCUCGCGGCGGUGCUCGAGCGCGACCCCGCCUGCCUCGGCUACGCGCACUGCUUCCUCAAUUUCAAGGGAUUCCUCGCGUGCCAGGCGCACAGGCUGGCGCACAAGCUCUGGAUCGACGGCAGGGCCGCGGCGGCGCUGCUCAUCCAGAGUAGGGUUUCGGAGGUGUUCGCGGUGGAUAUACACCCCGGAGCGGCGAUUGGGGGCGGAAUCGUGAUGGAUCACGCCACCGGAGUUGUGAUCGGAGAGACGGCGGUGGUCGGAGACUACGUCACGAUUUUGCACGGUGUGACGUUGGGGGGGACGGGGAAGGAAGGGGGUGAUCGGCAUCCGAAGAUUGGAGAUGGAGUUAUGAUUGGUGCUGGGGCAAAAAUUCUAGGGAAUAUUGUGAUCGGUAAAAAUGCGAGGAUCGGCGCCGGAGCGGUGGUUUUGAAGGAAGUUCCGGAGGGUGCGACGGCGGUGGGAAAUCCGGCCAGAUUAGUUGGAUUCAGGGGAAUUCAGGAUGCUUAAUUAGGCCAAUAUAUAUAUUUUUGUUUAAACUAAAAUACGAGUAUAGUAACACUUAGAGCAUCUGCACUGGCGGACGUCCCGGCGGAUGUUAGACUGGUAUGCCGGACUCCGCCAUUGUGUGCAUGUGACGCGGAUACGGACAUCUGCUGCGGACACCGAAGUUCCACGGCCUUUCGCUGACGUCUGUGCGGACGUCCGCCAUUGGGUUGACUCUCACGGACGUCAGCGCGGACGUCCCGAUUAUUGCAUUAAUUUCAUUUGCACAACUUGUAUUAAUGAGUAUCUCUCUCUAAAAUACUUUUCUUUUGAAGAACAAUGGAGUAAGCCAGCAGUUUUUUUUAUCUAUGUAAUUUUUUAAAAUUACUAUU